AUGCUUAUGAAAAUCAAAAAUGUAUUCAAAUCAGUGAUUUCUUUUUCAUUCAUGUCAUUUCAUAAAAUUAUUAUCAUUUUUGGUAUCAUAAAUACAUUUAUGUUACUAUGGCUACUAUAUAAACAUGAUGUAUAUAAUAAUUGGACGGUAACAACACAAGUGAAUAAUGAUGAUAUAUUAAACAAUACAAAAUUGUUAACAUUUAAUCAAGUAACCAAUUUACAUGUUUAUAUAGUGGAAGAACAUCAUGAAGUCAUUCCUUACUGGUUUGAUGCUGCCAAAUCAUUUAAUAAUAAGAAAGCUGUUUUGCUUCAUAUUGAUGCCCAUAGUGAUAUGGAUUAUCCGGAAUUAGUAGAUGAAUUUCCAAUUGGUCAUUUUCCUCAUUCAACUAAUGAAAUGAAAACAUUAAUGCAAGCCAAUGAUGAAUUUAUUCAGAGCGCAAUUAUUACGAAUCUUAUUCAAACUGUAUAUAUUAUAUAUCCAUAUUGGACAUUUAAUACAAGUUAUGCAUAUACAUCUAGUUUAGGUAUAACAACAAUUAAUAAUACAAAACAAAUUUGUAUGUGUCUUAAUAUUGAUACUACUGAUAAUAAUACUGAUAAUGAUGUUGAUAAUAUUGAUGAUGAAGAAGAAGAUCAUUGUAAAACUCGUAACCAAGAUAAUCCUUUAAAUGAUUUUAUAUUAUCAUCAAAUCAAUGUCCGAAAACAUGGUUAUAUCAUUAUAUUGAAUUAAAUUCAUUAACAGCAUCAAAUAUUUUACGUUAUUCAAAUUAUUGGUCAUUAAAUAAAUUAUUAAAUUUAAAUUUUAUAAAUCAUUCUAAACCAAUGACAUUUGAUCACCAAGGUAAUCAACCAAAUCCUCCUCCUCCUCCUCAUCCUCAUCAUCGUCAUGAUGAGUAUUUACCAUUAAUACUUGAUAUUGAUGAAGAUUUUUUUGGUGUACACCUAGUUACACAUAAUUUAUUAAAAUCUGGUUUAAAUAUAAAUUUUAUUCAUACAAUGAAUUCAAUUAUUUCAUUAAUAUUUUGUCCAAUUCAUUAUAUUAAUGAAAUACAUAUUGAUCAAAUUUAUCGUUGGUUAAUUGAAUACAUUUAUAUCAAUAAACAUUUAAGAAAAAAUUAUAAAUCAAUAAUCGAUCAUAAUCAAUUAAUGAUGAUCUUAAAGAAAAUCAAUAAAACUCUUCAAAUCACUGAUAUAUUCUGUUAUAAUUAUACAUUAUAUUUAAUGAAAUUAAAUGAAUUAUUUAUAAAUAAUACAAUUACAUAUCAUCAAAUUGAUGCAUUAAAAUAUGUUGGUGUCUGUUUUACUAAUUCAUUAAUAACUUAUCAAUAUAUACCAGAAAUACAUUUAUGUUUAGGGCAUAAUUUACCGAAUCAAUCAUUAGUAGAUGAAUUUUUACCAAUAUCAAAUGAUUUAUUAAAAUUAGCUAUACAUUUUACACAAAUUUUAUUAACAAUCCCAUAUCAACCAAAUAUAAUUACUAUAGCACGGUCAUCCCGUGAUGGUUAUACACCUAGAUGGUUACAAUAUGAUAUUGAAUUGAUGAUAAUAAAUAUAUUAAAAAAAAUAUUUCAUUUAACUGAAAAGAAUAUAAUUUAUACAAAUCAUUUAGCUGGUGAUAAAUAUUAUGGUUGGUAUCAUCGAUUUACAUGGAAAAAUGAAAAUCAAUAA